AUGCAGUCGACGAAGUUCGCCCUUUUAAAUCCACCAAUCAAUUUCAUUCGACCGUCUCAAGGUUGUGGUCAUCAAUCAAUUGCACAGCGCAGCCGACUUAUGGAAUCGCUCACAGGCCACGUGACUGCUUUCGUGAUUUUUGUCAGUGUUUGUUGCCACACACACGCCUACGAGAAGCACAAUUAUGUGUACAAGUACUUCAUGGACACGUGGCCGUCGACGUAUGACUGCGGCGAGAAGGUGCCCCUGACCGAGGUGAACUACGACGUGAGGCCGUGCAUCAUCAACAACAAAUCCGAGGAGGUGUUCAUUGUCGACCCCUCCGACUUCGAGGUGACGUGGGACCCCAAACAAAGCGCCUAUUCCAUUCUGGAGAGCGUCAACAUCACCUUCAAGCUGCUGCUCAAGGGUCAGCCGCAUCCGUUUGUCUGGCUCCGAGUCAUUCCAGCUGCAGCAUACGGCCCGGACAGUCCGACAGUCUCCGGCCACAUCAUCACUAUCAACAAAUAUGUGGGAGGGCAUUUCCGGUACUACAUCGUCACACCCUUCAAGGCUAUUGGGUUCACGCUAAAAGUUACGAAAGAAUUUGACUGGUACCCAAGCAGCGAGUUCACUCCCGAUGUCUUGAACACAACCACCACGCGCUAUUUACUCGACUCCAAUCGCGAGAAGGUCAAAUUAGUGCAAUGCAGAAUGACAAAUAGCGCAAACAAAGUAGUCGUCUACAAGACAUUCUUUGCCCAAGUCAUCGUUCCCACGACACCCACAAGCGACCGAAUCCAGUGCAACGUGAGUUAUCGAAAUGAAAGCAUCCUAUUCAGCUCAGACAUAUCCGUAAUAAAAAUGCAGGAACUAUUUUAUUACCCCCCUUUGGACUCUGCUUACCUUCGAAAUGUGUCCACGUUUCCAAUCAAAUUCGACUUGAUCGCCGACCCCAAGGAUUGUGUGGUCGGGACGUCGACAUUUCUGUCGCGUCGCAAUCCACUCUUGACCGGUGUUCCUGGACGUUACGUGGUGUCAUGCCAAGAUGGUCAGGUGUCUCCCCAGUCGGUUCUUGUCUUGGCCACCGACAAGUUUGACAUAACCUACACCAAAGAGACUGAACCAUACGUUGUAAAUCUGGACGACGACGUGCUGACCAUGGACGAAAUGACGGUGUACGGGUGCUUUGGAGUUGAUUUGGAGAAUAGCGUGCCGAUUUUGUUUGGCCAGGCCCUGUCGUCGCUGCCUUCGGGGCCGUUCGCCGUCCACUGCGUUGCGUUUGCUGGCCAAAUCGCACUCACAUCAACGCUUUACCAUCCGAAAUACCCGCCUGCCGUGAAAACAUGCCUUCAAUUUGUUUACCACACACCCUUCUCAGUUCCUGAUCGCAUUCGCGUGAGGGCACUGAACAACCGGAAGUUCUACCUCCUCGGGGAACACGUGGAGGACAUCGAAGUUGAGGCGUGCGUCGACGGGGUGGCGAUUCCUCCGCGUGCGAUCCAGUGCUUCGGGACAAUCCCCUUUGAGAGUCCAUUCAUUAAAAUACAAAAUCACAGGGUGGAGGGCGAGUUCGCGGUGAAGUGUCACGCCAUGCACAAGGGCACAAAAAGUCGUGAAUUCACCUUCAAAAUGUUUUUCCUCGUUCAGGCCAACUUGCGUCUUUUCACUGCCAAGUUGGACCGCCUCUACGUCACAAGAGCAACCUACGUCUCCUCCUCCUCCGGGGCAAACUGGAUCUCUUACAAACCAUCCCAACUGGGUCCUCAAGUCUGCGUCGUGCGGUGCAUUAACACACGACCCGAUGGACCGAGUUUCGAAGGCAACAUUGAAAUCAACUCGUUUAAGAGAGACUUUGAGACAUUUCGAUGCUACUGCAGCCGCACUUACCAACUCCAACGCAUCAAGCGUCGAGUCAGUUUCACGUUCCUCCUCGAGCGAGGUCUGGUGCUGAAGGCCGAAGACGAGACAUCGCGAAAUGCCUGCCUCAUGGACCUACGCAGCAUGAUCGACGUGAAAAGCGGAGAUGAGGAGAACGCCGUGACGGCGGUUUUGCGGUACACACACAGUGUCGGCGAGUGUCCAGACUUGUCGUGCACUUUUGCGACAAAUUCGCUCCGAUCUCGUUCCCUGUUGCAGUGGAAUGAAAAGACGCAGGCUGUCGAGUUUCUUAGCACACAACCCAUGAAGAAGAAAACAGCAUUUCUCAAUUGCUACGGUCUGCCUGUAAGGGUGACCAACUUCGAUGCUUUUCGACCACCCGAGAUCAUUGUACCUCCGCACGAGCUGAUCGUGCCAGAAUUUCAACCUCAUCUGCGAGUGACACUGGAGGACAACACAGGGCGCAAAACCCCAGUUUAUCGGUGCCUCUUUCCUGAACUUAUUAAUCCAAGAGCCGGCAUAGGAAAAGUUGUCAUUCGCAGCUACUACACAGAGUCAUUCACCACCAAGCUUCUCUGCAAACCAUCCGUGCACUCUCAACCCGUGGACAUUCAGCAGACAUUUACAAUCAUCCCUUUGAACGAGGUGUCGGUGUCGAUUGAACCGGUCCUACGGCGAGUUCUCUACCUCAGGGGACAACGAUUAACCUGCGAAACCAACAGAUCUGACCUCAUCAAGCAGUACGGCCAGUUGGCAAUGGCAGUUUACAUUAACGGCAAAAGGACAAUUCUUUCCGACGCCGAGUACAUUGACGUGUCUCCAGGCGACCAGUCGAAAACCCCCAGGGUCUAUUCCAUCAGAUGCUAUCUGCGAGUUGGCAAGUUGUACGGUGAAAUUGGCAGAAUGGAUAUUUACUCCUACGAGUCAGUGGUACCGAACCUUCAGCUGCAAUCUCUGCAUGAAAGCAUCUAUUUCUACAACGCCGACAGCGAGGUCAAUUCGUCCUUUUCAAUCUUGUCAUCCGGGAGCAGAUUCACGGAGGACUUUGUCAUGCACCAGUACCCGCAUGAAACUGGUGUCCACCUGAGGAUGGAUUUCGGAGAAAAUGAGUCCUUGGUCUACACAAAGUACAUCACGACUGUUGAUGUUAGGAAAUUGCAAGUCCAAAUACUUAAUGCGAGGGAAAUUUACACCCUCAACAGCCCCAAUGAGUCAGAGACGAUUAGAUGCACACUUGGUGAAAGCAAUCAACUGAUUAAGUCUGUGCUGCUGCCAAGAUGGAGUUUCUGGAAAAUCACCUACCACGCACGACCCCCGUUGCUGAAUGGAUCCAGGGUGAUACUGAACGACGACGUGGGCGAGGGUGUGUUUUGUGUGAGUUGUUCGGUGCCGUUUCUGCGUUCGAGCACGCCCACGGCCAAGAUUUGCUUCGCCGUCAUUCACCUGUAUCGUGUGUCGAUCAAGAUGACUCCAGAAGGAACGGGUGGAAUCUACAUUCGCGGCACGCAGGCGACUCUUGGUUGUUUGGUCGAUGCCGACGAGGAGUACCUGGAUUUGGGGAAUCAAGGGACCAUUUGUAAGGUGGGAACAGUCGGUCGAAAUGAGUCGGGUUCUCCACGGGAUGAAAUAAAUCUGGGCAAAGUUAGAAGAACCGGAAAUAUCAGCUUCGAAGCCGUCAUUCUAAUGGCCGGUGUUGAGGUCAUGAAGAAGCCUGAAAGAGCCUGGAUUGUGGAACCCUCCGAUUUGAUCUUGUCUUUCAAAAACCUCUCCAAAUAUUACUCGUCGACGUGGACUGGUGUGAUAAACUGCUCGUUGGGCAAGGAUGCCCUAACAAAUGACUUCAUCACCCACUUCCGAUGGGUGCACACCAAAUCCGGCAAAGUCGCCGCCAACUCCAUCAACAAUCAGCUCAUAAUUAGCAAGGAGGAGGACCUCCGUCGUAAUUACACUUGCAAAUUCGACAUUCGAAAAACAAAAAAAAGGUUGGAAUUGAAUGUGGUUGAUCUUUCAAAACUCGAGUUUUACACAAACGCAUCAAAGUUCUACAACAUCUAUGGAAAGGGCCACAAAAUCUACUGCAUGGUUUCGCCUCCUGAAGCAGCGCAAGUGCACAACUUCACCUGGGGCUGGCACAAUGCGGAAACGAAUGAGUACGUCGAAUACGUGGAGGCCGACAGUUACGAGGAGGGAGCUCAUCACUUGGUCUGCAAAUCACCAAACGCCAGUGCAUCGCCUUUCAACUUUACGUUCUACAUCAUUCGAAUGAACUCGACAAUGGUUCAGUUUUCUCCGGUGGCUCAGAACAGAUAUAAGCGAUCAGACAAGUUGCCCGAAUGCGCGUGGACGCACAAGUGGAUGAAUACUGAACCUGAGCUGCGUCCCACGAUGAUUCAGUCAGGGAGCAUUCGCAACGGCAUUUUUGAAGGAAUCAUGGAAUGCAGGUCGACUAUUCCCGAAUUAGAGAAAAGCAUAGAAGCCAGGUUUCGAUUAAUUGGUGUCAACAACAUUGCACUUCGAAUUGUGCCGCAAUCGGAAAAGCAGAUUUACAUGCAUGGCACAGUGGAUUCCUUCAUGUGUGCACUAACACCUGUAACAGUAUCGCAAAUACUUCAGCCCAAAAACUACUGGACCUUUGAUGGUCUGUCCAAAAUCCAUAACGAAUCAGAACUCCACAUCGAUCGAUUAUCGCCUGGAAGGUACCAGAGUUCCUGCCUGUCUAAUUAUCUCGAUAGUCCAAUUACGAAGUUAUUCUACGUAGUCAACAAGACGGCGAAACUCAGUAUUACGGAUGUUCAAAAGACAACCUACUUCCCCAAUGAAGGCAUGCCAAACUGCACUUGGACAGAUGCGUGGAUGAAUGAAAUAGCGUCAUUUAAUCCCACUCACUCCUUCCACGAGGAACCAGAUGGCCAUGGAACCAGACGAUUCAUAACCUGUUCACUGAAGCUGGAGGACCUUGAUGAGGAAUUCAGCACCUCCAUUCUCAUUAUAGACAAGAAGUACCUGAGGCUGAAACUAUCACAUCCUUUCGUUGUCAUGACGGAUCAUUUUCCCGAAGUCGUCUGUGAAGUGGACCCUCCUUUGUACGGAGUCAGCGAACCCUACUUCCACGUCGUUCAGGAAUUUGCUUUCGCCAAAGUCGAGGGCAACAGGCUCUACCACAAUGAAUCGGGCUCCAAUUCAACUCAUGGAACCUACAUUUGCAUAUUUGAUGACCUAGAACUAUAUCUGACAAAAAUUUUCGUCGUGACCUACUUAAAUCCGAAUUCGGUGCCCAAAAUCGUGCCAGCGAAACGCGAGUACAUCAGCGGAGAGGUGAUCGAGUGUUUCAAAGACGAGAAUGCCGGGUCCGGCUACCUCAUGCUCGAUAUCUUCCACAAGGGCACCAAAACCCCUCUUGUUAGUAGGCAAAAGGGCCAAAUCACAGUCAUCUCGUCGUUUGUUGCUGAAGUUACCGUGGUCUGCACUGCUAGGGAGACCUAUCUAACCCGGAAUUUCGAACAUCAAACCAUCGCUUUCUCAGCCCUUGUUCGACCACAAGAGUUGAUAGAGCUGGAGCCGAGGGGCAUCACUUUCGUGAACUCCUCGACAAUAGCGCACUGCGACUUCGCCGGGAUCCCGAAGAUGGGUGAGAAGGUCACGUUGAACCUCUUCAUCUUCCCUCAGGGCCUCCGCCAGCGUCAGGAGAAUUCGGCGUUUUUCUCGUUCGAACCGGCGGGGGUAGUUGGGGGGCGCUACUUCUUCACGUGCGUCCUCUCAAACGACGAGGGGCCUCUUUGGGCAACCAUCAGGGAGGUUGUUUAUUUGGAAGCCCCAGGUUACCCACUGUUGGAAGCGUCAUCUUACUUCGGCGAUGAGCCCAUCCACUGUUGGACUAGGGAUUAUCCGUCCAGAGGACGCGCAAUCAUUCCCUGGACGAAAGAUGAAAAUGCUGACAUCGUUAUCGGCCCAAAUGGCCUCUACGUCUUCAGUAGCCAAUCCUGCUACGGAGCUUACAACAUCACGUGUCUAGUCAACGGAGUUCAUCGUCUUGCUGCAUUUGCCUACGAAGCCACGUUUGAUGUUGCCUAUACAGGACCCGAUUACGAUUCAACGAAGUUCGUGGAAAUUAACACAGACGAAGUCAUGAGGAUAUACUCCACGUUCUUCGUGGUAAUCAGCCUCAUCCUGAUUGUGACCUUUGUGAUGCUGGAGGGCUACUUUCGUCAUAAACGCCCAGUGCAAAUCGCUAAUGAACUCAAGUACAUGGGCUGUAGGAAGAAAACACUGCGGAAACUUCAUGGCCAGUUUAUUGACGUUGAUCUGAGAAAUGUAUCGAAAGAGGAAGCCCUCAAAUUCAUGGCCCUCGUCUCGCUUUUCGAUGCUGUCUACAGUCAGGUGAAAGCCAAGUAUCCACAAAGUGGGAGAAGAUACUGGAAGAAGUCUCACUGGACUCCGAAACGCCUGCUACGGUUGAUUAAGCGGUCAGCUCGCAACUGGGCUACUUUCCGGUGCCUCUACAAGGAGCGAACAUCUGGGAACUCCGCUAGCGACGACUCCGUGGAGAUGACUACGGACAUUCAACCCUCUGAGAGAUCCACUGUGGCUUCGUCUUAUAAACCUUCCGUUGUGUAG